GGAACUCGAAGAAGCCCCAAUCCUUCGAAACCUCAAAUUUCAAGACCCCAUUGAUUUUUCCUUCCUCUUCGUCUUCCGUCUAGAGUUAAUGGGUAGAUGGCGAGCUGCUGCUUCGCUACUCCUCAAUCACACUUCCAGAAGAAGACCCACAAAGACCCUUUUUGAUAACCAUCCAUGUCUUUCGCUGAACCUCCAUCGUUCUGCUUCUUAUUCGUCUUGCUGUCGGCCAUGUCAAAGACCUCCGCAGGGGUUUUAUUCAUUCUGGUUCAGGUCGUUUUCGGCUUACCCUUCUCGGGUUCCAGCUUAUUCCAGCGACAAUGAAUCUGGGUCUCAUGAGAAUUUCCCCAUGGAGCUAAAGGAAGACGAGAGCGACGUUGGGAAGAUUCCGGUCAGAGCCUACUUCCUCUGCACCAGGUCUGUUAAACGCCUCUACGACCCAAAUUUAUUCAACUGUCUUUGUUGCUAAAUCAUGUUCUUGAAUGCGAAAAGCUCUGUCCUCUUCCGUCAAGCUUGGAUUGGGUUGUGUUCAAGUUAUGCCUUUACCCAUGUGGAGCUGAAUUGCGGAGCUGUGGCAUUUUUUUGUUUGGAAUUGUAGUGCUUUAUGUAAUACUCAACUCAACAAGAAUGGAUUUGCGCUUCAUUACCUAAUGCAUACCAAAUUUAAAAGUUAUCUAAACAAUGUUGGUCAGUAAGGAGAGGUUUAGAAUAAUUGUUCCAAGAUGGUGAUCUAAUGUGCUAUCUUUGAUUUUAGUUAGGUAAUUCUUUAGCAACAUCGGUUCUCUGUAGCGACCUUCAAUGUAUUUAACUCACUUGGUUUUGGAAUGCUGAUAAUCUGCUCAACUAGCCUCCUUUGAAGUCAGCUUAGACGAGGGCGAUAAAUAGGUUUGUUGUGCUUCAAGUUUUACUCACGUUUACUGUGUCCCUCUAGCUAAGUUGUUGGGAUUAAUUUUUGGAACUGUUUACUUCCAAAGAACUUACUCGGAAAUGCAAUUGUUUUCUUCUUGCUACUUGUGUUCUUCUUCUCCAUAUGCUUUCUGGUUUCACUUUGUCUUACCUUUACUGCUUUUAUUUUUCCUCCUCGUGAUGGUUCUCAGAUUCGUCGUUUUGGCAGUAUUGAUUUGAAGAGCAUGCAAGGGGAGCACUUAAUCAAUGUUGUUCCUCCUACCUCUCGUUCAACAAAUUAUAUUGUCCUGAGAUACUAUGAUUACCAACCUGAAAUUACUGCACUUGGAAUCAAAGAGAAUGUGAGCUGUCGGUACAUGGUUGUUUUCCAGUAUGGUUCUGCUGUUCUUAUCAACAUUGAAGACCAUGAAGUUGAAAGUUACUUAGAUUUAGUGCGGAGACAUGCUUCAGGAUUGCUACCUGAGACAAGGAAAGAUGAUUAUGCCAUAAAAGAGAAACCAUGCCUAGAAGACGACAUGCAAGGAGGUCCAGACUACAUUGUCCUAAAAACUUUAGAUACUGACAGCAUCCGUAUUAUUGGAAGUGUACUUGGCCAAAGUAUUGCUCUAGAUUAUUUUGUUUCACAGGUUGAUGGAAUGGUAGAAGAGUUUGCCGGCAUAAACCGUGGAAUGGAGAAAACUGGAACAUUUACAAUGGACAGGACAACACUCAUCAAACUGGUGGGGAAGGCUAAUUCUAAUCUUGCUGACGUAAUUCUUAAAGUUGGUCUUUUUGAAAGGUCUGAAAUUGCUUGGAAGGAUGCAAAAUAUUCUCAAAUAUAUGAGUACCUUAGGGAUGAAUACGAGGUGGCUCAACGAUUCGGAAGCUUGGAUUUCAAAUUGAAAUUCGUGGAGGUUUGCUUUCUCUCAACUUUCUGAAACCAAAGUUUGCUUAUUGCCCUUUUUUGGGUUUCUUCUAGCACUAAAAAAGACCAACCCUUUUUGCUCUGGCUUUUUUUCCUUUCUGCAGCACAACAUUCAUUUCCUUCAAGAGGUGAUACAGAACAGGCGAUCUGAUCUUCUGGAGUGGUGCAUCAUCUUCCUCUUAACUUUGGAGAAUGCAAUAUCAAUAUAUGAGAUAGUGAGUGGUUCUUAGGUUUGUUUGCUUAUACCUUUUCUUUUGAUAGAGCAGAAUAUGGUGAGAAUCUAGGCUCAUUAUUAGUGACGUAAUUGUUAAAGGAAGAAUGAUUGUUUCAGAGCCACAGGAGAUUGAAAAUUUUGUGAGGGUUUGCAAUUUCUGUUCAUAUCAAGGCAAAAUGCCUUUGUAUGGCCCAACUUCUUACCAUCUGGACAAAAAUGGUGACUGUGACCCUAAAAUUUAAAUGAUGGAAGUUUUGG